CACUGUCACUUGUCGUUUUGAUAGCGUACGACGAUUUUAACUGUUACUGUUUAUAUGAAAAGACGCAUUUCUAGUUGAGAUUGACAGUAUUCAGUUGUUGUAUUAAAGUUUAUGUGCCUCGGAAUUUAAAGUGGAUGGGCUCUUGCCCAGGCAUCGAUUUCGAAUCAGCUGCAAAGAUAACUGUGGAAUGAUGCGUGAAGUUGGGAAAUUGUGGAGCAACAGCUCAGAGGGUCACAGCAGUGAUCCUGAAGAGGAUGAUGAAGAAGAGAUGGCGUUUGGCGAGACUGAGGAAGACUCAGAAGAGAUGAUGGACUUGAGUGAUCUACCUACAGCUCUGUUUGCCUGCAGCGUGCAUGAGGCUGUGUUUGAGGAGGACAGGCAGAGGGAGCGGUUUGAGGCUCUGUUCAGAAUUUAUGAUGAUCAGACGUCCUUCCAGAUGUUCAAGAGUUUCAGAAGAGUUCGGAUCAGCUUUAGCACUCCAGAGGCUGCUGCACGCGCUCGCAUCGAGCUCCACGAAUCCGAUUUCAACGGCACGAAACUAAAACUGUACUUCGCACAGGUGCAGAAUUCAGGGGACGAUGUGGACAAGACAUACCUUGCCCCGCCUCAACCCGUCAAGCAGUUCCUCAUCUCUCCACCUGCAUCUCCACCUGUAGGAUGGAGCCAGAGUGAAGAUGCCACACCUGUGAUCAACUACGAUCUUCUGUGUGCCGUGGCCAAACUGGGACCAGGUGAGAAGUACGAGCUGCAUGCGGGUACAGAGUCCACUCCUAGCGUGGUGGUCCACGUGUGUGAGAGCGAAAAUGAGGAAGAGGAAGAAGCCCGUCCAAAAGCCAAGAUUGUCCAGACCAGACGUCCCGACGGUCCCCCGAAAGUCUACAACUAAAACCUUCGGCACACUGCACACGUUCUUCUCUCUCUCUGUGUCUCUUUCUCUCAUCCAGGGAAAGGCACGCUUUAUUUCAACAAAAAAAAAGCUAAACUAAGAAACGGAUGGAUUUGGAAGGGUGCUCCGUGCACAGGUGACGUGUGGUGUUCUGAACUGGACUCGUGGACUGAACACACUGUCUCACUGCUGCCUCACGGGACAGCCAGGGGGCGAUGAGCUUGCGACCCCCCUCUCACAAUCAUAGCACUUUCAUUCCCUCAUUUAGUCUUUGUACUGUAGCAUCGAAGAGCAGUAAUUGUAUUUAACAGUCGUAGAAGUAGGUUACAUGUAAACUUUGUUACUGUUUGUCACUUUGAUUGAUCAAAGAAAAUAAUGCUUUAAAAAAAAGGAAGCGGAUCCAUUCUCCGUUUCUCUCUCAAAAGCCGCGUCCGCGUUUAUCUCCAUUAUCGGUCAGGUUGGCACACCCGCAGAGGUGGCGCGGCUCGCUGGGAUUGUGACCCGUGUGCAUAUUUAUGCCUGUUCAUACCACGCUAGAAUGGGAUGACAAGUUGUCUGAUGGAAAUGAUAAGAACGAAGGUGUCGAUUGAAGUGUUUCUGUUAUGACAAGAGGGUGUUAAACGUUUGUUUACCAAGUUAGAUGUGUAUUAUUCUUACUGUGUAUUUGAUACCACACAUUUUUGCAUGCUAACUGGUGUAUUUUGUAUUCUGUUAAAGCAAGUUUAAGCAUAUCUGAUCGCUGUCUUUCAGAGGGAUUGGCCUUGGAAAGCGAAGAAACAGUUGGCAUUUUGUACUUGUAUAGUGCAUCAUUUACUCACAAUUCGGAAAAAGCACAUGGUCUUAGUUUUACACCAACGAGUUUUCAUAUCUUCAUACAUGCUCAAGUUUCAAAAUGAAAAUCAGUAUGCAGAGUGACUUGGCUCAGAACCACUGUGUGAAUGCCUGACUACUGUCAUAUCAAUAUUAACUGUUAAGUUGUGAAAUUUGCAUUGACAGAUCAAAUCUUAAAUGAACAGUCCACCGAAAAAUGAAAAUUCUGUCGUUUACUCGUACCUGCAUGACUACAUUUCUUUUUUCUGUGGAAGAUACAUUGAAGAAUCUUGGCAACCAAACAGUUUUGGUGGCACCUGACUCUCAGAAUAUCUUUUUUUUUUUAUGUUCCACAAAAGAAUCAUACAGGUUUUGAGGAUGAGAUAAUGUACAUUUUUGGGUGAACCAUCCCAGUUCUUUUGUCUCGCAAAUCCUCAUUUUUUCCAGUUUAUACAUUUCCACUUUUAAUUCAGACCGAAAUGAAAAUGUCAUUUUUAGAUAUGUGUUUUAGUAAUAAUGUACAGUCAGUGAAGUCGAAUGUUACGAUCGACCAUCGAUCAGAUUGAGGAUUGCAGAGAGGCUUGUAAA